AUGAGACCAAAAUUCACUGGUCAACGUAAGCUCUCGGCUCUUGUAAGUAAGCAUGGCCUAACUAAACGUAAGUCAGAAGCUUUACCAAAAUCUAAGUCAGAUGAUAUUACUAGUCAGUCGUCACCCGUUGUAAUUGCUCGGCAGCUUGAUUUGUCUGCACUUCACCACUGCAAUGACUUUAUGCUAAAGUUUGGCACUUUGCUGACAAUUCUUGGACAUUUAUUCGACGGGUACAUCUCCGAUAUUCCCUCUGAAGAAUGUAGGCGUCUCGACUCACUUGUUCACCUGAUCGCCAGCGAAUCUAGUGAUAGACAGAAGCGUUCUUACAACAUUCUGAUAAAAAAUGUUCCUCGAUCUGCUAGACCAAUUGAUGUUGCGACCGAUUUCCUGCAUUAAUGGGGUUUCAACUACAAAAUAACCGAUGCCAAACGCUUGUCCCCCUGUAGCGAAAAUCCACCUAUCUUAGUCAAAUUAUUUAUAUCAGUCGAGGUUGACACAAUCUUAGCCCAUCGACAGCGUGUCACUGCGUACCUAGAGAAGGCAAAAUUUUUACUUUGUCAUGAUCUUACUCCUAUGGAGCGUAGAAUCGGGUCUCUAUUCUCACGUAAACUCACUGCUUCUUAGUCUAAUGCUCCCCAACUCGGUCAUAAUACAAGUGACCGUAAGGAUUCAGCUUGUCCUACUCCUGCGACAUCUGACUCCCUCCUUCCUCUUUCUCCUACAUCUCCAUCUCACUCAAGCCACUUGACGCAUUUGCCUGCCCCUACACUUGCAGCAGCAGCAGCAGCAGCAGCAGCAGCAGCAGCAGCAGCAGCAGCAGCAGCAGCAGCAGCAGCAGCAGCAGCAGCAGCAGCAGCAGCAGCAGCAGCAGCAGCAGCAGCAGCAGCAGCAGCAGCAGCAGCAGCAGCAGCAGCAGCAGCAGCAGCAGCAUCAACAGCAGCAGCAGCAGCCCCAUUUGUCGUUUCGUAUCCUCCGGAUAGUCCCGCUGAGACACAUGAAAAUCCGUCUACAUCAGCUAGACCGAUAA